CUCUCACACACACACAUCCUCAACCUCACCGAUCAAACCAACCCAAGCAAAACCCAGAAACCCUAUUAACCGCUUCAUCAAUGGCUGAGCAACACCCCCGCCCACAAGAACACCAAGGCUUCCAGACUCAGCACCAGUACGACCAACAACAGCAGCACCAAGGUUUCCAGUACGACGACCAACAGCAACCAAAAGGCUUUCUUCCACAAAAUGGUCCCUCUGCCACGCAUAUUGUAGCAAUGCUCACUCUUGUUCCAAUCGGCAGCACCCUGCUCUUCCUUUCUGGGCUCACGCUCACUGGGACGAUCCUUGGGCUCGCUGUUUCCACCCCGCUUUUUGUUAUCUUCAGCCCCAUUUUGGUCCCGGCAGCUUUGGUCAUAGGCCUGUCCGUGGUCGGGAUCUUAACCUCGGGGGCUUUUGGGAUCACGGCCCUCUCGUCUUUUUCUUGGUUGGCCCGUUUUCUGAGUCGGAGUCGGCUUCCGGAGAAAAUGGGCCAGAAGGUGCAGGAGACUACGGGGUAUUUGGGCCUAAAGGUGCAGGAGACGGCGGGCUAUUUGGGCCAAAAGAUGCAAGAGACUGGAGGUCAGGUGGGCCAGAAGACUAGAGAAACGGGGCAAAAUGUAGAUAAGUCCCAGGAUGCUGGUAGGGACCAAGAGGGUGGUAGGACCAAAGAAGGAGGCCCGGGGCGUGAAGGUGUUACUGUUACUAUUGAACCAUGAAGAAGAUGAACUGGUUCAUAGAUACAUAUUAUAUAUAGGCCUUGGUAGCUAGUAAUCUCUCUCUCUCUCUCUGGGUCUCUUUGUUUCUCUCUCAGCUUUCUUCUGUGUUACCUUUGUAAACGUUUUGAGCAAAAGAAAAAGGAGAUGUCACUGUUUGGUCAAUGGUAGUUCUACGUUUGUAUAUGAUGUAAUAAAAUGUUGUGCUAUUUUUGUUCUGUGUUUGUUUCUUUUUAUUUUUAUUUUUCCUUUCAAUUUCCAAAAAUUCACACAAAUUUUAGUAUUUUGUAGCUCAACUGAUUAAGAGCAUUUAAAGAUGCAUUUGAGGUCUUCCUUCAAUUU